GCAGCUUCCUAAUCAUUGGGUCAUUCCAUAAGCACUUUAGAUUUGGCCAGUCCGUCGUCCCUACUAUGCUACUGUAACUCGAGUGCCACACUGCUUGAUAUAAAAGAACAGAUCUCUCCGUCUAUCAGAGUUUAUAUAGUCAAUCCUAUUUUUCUUCUUGUCUUCCUACUACACCCCGUUUAACCAACCGCUGUUCACAAGGUUAAUGAGCAACACAAGAUGAAUACAGCACGUAAGAUAAAAACGAUCUUUGCAGCGAUAGACGUGACAGAAGGGGCGGGCGCGCGAGUUCGUCGUUCCAUUGGCAGCCAACAGCUACGCAAUUUCAGUCCCUUCUUAUUACUUGACCAUGCUACAGUUGGGCCAGAUGCAGGAUUUCCUGAGCACCCUCACCGUGGCCAGGAGACUGUCACUUACUGCCUGGCCGGUUACUCUGACCACGAAGACUUCACCGGGCAUAAAGGCACUCUCGGACCUGGGGACUUACAGUUUAUGACCGCCGGUCGCGGAAUCAUGCAUGCCGAGAUGCCGCGUGGAAAUCCGGAUGGCAGCCCUGGGGUGGGGAUCCAGCUAUGGGUCGACCUGCCCAAAGCUCUGAAAUAUGUUGAGCCGAGAUAUAGAUACGUCAACGUGUCUGAGGUUCCCAGGGUGGAAGUGGAUAAUGGCUGUGUGGCUAUCACUGUGAUCGCUGGACAGUCGCACGGCGUAGAAUCGAAAAACGACCUGACAUAUACACCAAUUUGGUACCUCGACAUUGAAAUUAGACCGGGCGGUAGCAUCAAACAAAUUGUACCAGUCGGUUGGAACACCUUUGCUUAUAUACUGGAAGGCACAAUGACAUUUCACUCUGAAGCUUCUAGCGUCCGCGCUAGACAAUAUCACACUGUCAUCUUCCAUGGAGCAGGUACGCACAUCGAAGCAUCGGUCCCGGAAGAUGAGCCGCGUGCUGCCCGUUUCCUACUUCUUUCGGGGGAGCCUCUGAACCAACGAAUUGUACAUUACGGGCCUUUCGUUUGCACUAGUGAAGAGGAAAUAUACGAGGCGAUAUCGGACUUUCGAAAUGGCAAAAAUGGGUUUGAGAGAGCUAUUGGAUGGCAAAGUAGUAUUACGAAACCAGUCUCUUUAUAAAAUUAUAAUAUUAUACAUACUUAUCAAGAAACCACAAAUAUAGAACGGCUUCAUAGAUCGAGCAAGUACGUACCAAGCCUGUGGAAACUUUGCAUCCGAGCAGCAUCUAGUCCCCACAAGUGGUUUUUAUCAUCACCUAAAGACCAAGACGGAAAGUCUACCAGUGGGUAAUUCCCAAAGAGCCUCCUUUACCUGAAGGUCAAUAUCGUGAACGAACCGACGUGCGGCACCUACUUUCA